UAACUGGAACAGCAGUGCUAAUGAGCAGAAAGAUAUCUGCAAUCCCCACCGUGCAACUUGACAUACUUUAUCCCACUCUGAAUUCCCUUUGCUCAUCUCUGAGCAUUUUAAAGAUCUGGUAUAAUAAUUUGCUUUCUCUCUUUGGUCUGUUCAUUUUGCUCUUAGCACUUGAUAAUAAAAGGUCAGCUUUGGCUGAAACCUCAGUGUUGCAGCCAUGCCGUUUUUUACUGCCAAAUAUCUUAAGAAAAGCAAGUGUCUCCGAAAGGGUGGUGCAGGAGACCGGGAAAAGAUGCCUGUCAAUCAUGAGGCUUUCCUGCUCAUGGCUAAUUCCCAGAAUGAAAUGGAAGAUUGGGUGAAAGCCAUCCGACGGGUUAUAUGGGCUCCGUUUGGUGGAGGUAUUGCAAAUAGCUCACAUGCACAUAAAUUAAAACAUUUGCCUCAAGGGAUCUUUGGGCAGCGCCUGGAGGACACGGUGCAGUACGAGCGGAAGUAUGGGCAGCGCCUGGCCCCGCUGCUGGUGGAGCAGUGCGUGGAUUUCAUCCGGGAGCGGGGGCUCACCGAGGAGGGGCUCUUUCGCAUGCCUGGACAAGCCAACCUUGUCAAAGAUCUGCAGGAUUCUUUCGAUUGUGGAGAGAAGCCCCUUUUUGACAGCAACACAGAUGUUCACACUGUGGCGUCCCUCCUGAAGCUUUACCUUCGAGAGCUACCAGAGCCUGUCAUCCCCUUUGCCAAAUACGAAGACUUUCUUUCUUGUGGACAGCUGCUCUCAAAAGAUGAGGGAGAGGGUACCCAGGAACUGGUUAAACAGGUGAAGAAUUUGCCCCAAGCCAACUACAACCUCCUCAAAUACAUAUGCAAGUUCCUUGAUGAAGUUCAGGCUCAUUCCAGCAUUAACAAGAUGAGUGUCCAGAACCUGGCUACAGUAUUUGGACCAAACAUUCUGCGGCCCAAAAUGGAGGAUCCAGUGACCAUGAUGGAAGGCACCUCGCUGGUUCAGCACCUGAUGACAGUGCUGAUAAGCGAGCAGGGGCGGAUCUUUGCCGUUCCUCAGGCGGAUGUGCCAGGGAGCCAGCUGGAAAUCAGACCAAUGCGCCAGCGCAGCACUGUGGAGUGGAUCUCCGAGGAGGACGGGGAGGACAGCAGGUCACAGAACAGCGCUGCCAGCCCCACUGAUUUGCCUUCUGGCAAUGCUGUGGCUCUGGAGGCCACUCCAGGACCUGCAGUGAAAAUCACUCCUCCAGAGCACAGUGGCAAAUCGACCCAGCCUGCCACGAGCCCCAGUAAAAGAGUGCAGACUCUGCCUCCAUGGAAAUAUUCCUUCCGCCAGCAGGGAGCACGGUCUGUGAGCCCAAAGCUGGGCAGCUCAUCCUUAGAUAUCCCCAACCUCUCCUCCAGCGGGAACUGGUUGAUGAACGGCCUGUACUCCCUCCGAGGCCAUCGCCGGACAGCCUCUGGGGAACGAGUGAAAGACUCGUGUUCCUCCCAGAGACUCUCCACUUAUGACAAUGUCCCCUCAUCCAGCCUGUCCCUCAGCACACACAGCAUGGCCAGCACCACCUGGUCUACAUCAUCCUGUGAGAUCUCCGUGAUGGACUCGGUGAGCAGCUGCCCAGCCUGCCGGGCCAGUGACUCUUCUGCUUUGAGCUCCCUAAAAACUGAGUGGGUAACUCAGGGCUCGCUGUCCCAGAGCGAGGUCAAGACUGCAGAUCUGGAGAACAGCAUGGACAGGUUUGAAGCCUGCAGCAGCAGCAGCAGUGAACAGAGUGACCCGGCUGCAGCUUCCCGAGAUUCUGUCCAAUGCUCCAGGGCCUUACAGAGCUUGGUGGUGGAGCUAAAGACAGAGCUGAGCAAACAGAGGACUGAGUAUGAGACUAGUAUCAAAAGAAUUGAAGAAACAAGUGCAGACCUGAGGACCCAAGUGGUUAGGUUAGAAGAAGAACUGGACCAAGAACGAAAGAAAUACACGAUGCUGGAGAUAAAGCUGAGGAAUUCUGAACGUGCUCGUGAAGAUGCAGAGAAGAGAAAUUACCUCCUGCAGAAGGAAAUGGAAGAAUUUUUUUCAACAUUAGGAUGUUUAACUGUUGGGAGUCAAAGUGCUAAAGUCCCCAAGUAGAACAAGUAUAGAAAUCCUGUUCCUGACAAAAUGAGUGAAAAUGCAUCUUUUGUUCUGAGAUACAUGAGAUUACUCAUGUAUCAUGAGUAAUUCUAUAGUGAUUGUGCUCUAAGUGACACUUGCCCUGUUGUCUUUAUAUGUCCUAUAGUAUUUGGGCCAGCUGGGAAAGACUGCUGACCGUAAAGCUUGAAAACUUAGUGUCAGAUUGCCAAGAAAGAGUGGGUCCCCUCUGUAUCCACAGAACACUAAGAUACUCUUUUCCAGUGUCCCGCUGCCAUCUUUGGACUCAGCUGCACCAUCCUUUUGCUGGCCCAGGAGAGUGGAAGGUCCUGCAGGGUGGGUGGAUGGCCAGAACCAACAGACAAGCUGAGCCUCGAGCUGAGGGAUUCCCACUCUUGUGCUUGGGAAGGUGGCAGUUAAAGCCUGUCACCACAGCCAGGACAUUUGCCAGAUUUAAUGAGGUGGCUUUUGCCCCCCUCCCUCCAUAAAGUUUGUUCAAAUUUCUCUUUCCUAGAGUGCUAUUAUUUUAUGAAGAUAUUGUGAAAACAAGGUCUGCAAACAUGCUGAAGAUACCAAAAUCUUGACAAUUCACUAAAAUUGUCCAUUACCCACCCAAUGGUUUCAGUGUUUCACAAAAAUGCAGCUUUAAAUUAAACUGUGAUUAAUAAUCA